UCCUUUAUCCAAACUUGUAUCAUCACACAAGACAAACAUUUCGUUAGUACAUGGUCAUAUGACACAUUUGUUGACAAUGUUUUUCAAUAUAAGUGUUCUUUUUCUUGUCCUAAUAGUGACCAUGUCACUGGUGGCCGACGCUAGACCCGCUACGUUCCUUCAAGAUUUUCGUAUUACAUGGUCUGAUUCUCACAUCAGACAACUCGAUGGCGGUCGGGCCAUUCAACUUGUUCUUGACCAAAAUUCAGGAUGUGGGUUCGCUUCGAAAAGCCAAUACUUGUUCGGACGUGUGAGCAUGAAGAUUAAACUUAUUCCAGGAGACUCUGCGGGCACUGUUACCGCUUUCUAUAUGAAUUCGGAUACCGAUCAAGUUCGUGACGAGCUGGAUUUUGAGUUCUUGGGUAACCGAACCGGGCAACCUUACUCGGUCCAAACCAACGUGUAUGCUCAUGGAAAAGGUGACCGAGAACAAAGGGUUAACCUUUGGUUUGACCCAGCUGCUGACUAUCACACUUACUCCAUCUUGUGGAACCAUCAUCAUGUUGUGUUUUCUGUGGAUGAAGUCCCCAUAAGAGUAUACAAGAACAACGAAGCUAGAGGGGUACCAUUCCCCAAGUUCCAACCAAUGGGAGUUUACUCGACAUUAUGGGAAGCAGAUGAUUGGGCAACAAGAGGUGGGCUCGAAAAAAUCGACUGGAGCAAAGCACCAUUUUACGCAUAUUACAAGGACUUCGACAUUGAGGGUUGCCCGGUCCCUGGACCCAAAACUUGUGCAUCAAACCCUUCCAACUGGUGGGAGGGUGCGAGCUACCAACAACUUGACCCAGUUGCAGCCCGUCGUUACCGAUGGGUCCGCAUGAACCAUAUGGUCUAUGAUUAUUGCACUGAUAAGAGCCGCUACCCGGUCACACCACCAGAAUGUGUAGCCGGAAUAUGAUUUGAUUAUGUGCAUCAGCAAUGAGAAGUUUAUAUAUAUUUGUGUGUUGAAAAUAAAAUCAGUAAAUAACUUGUAUUUAUAUUGUGUACGUAAACGAGGGUUGAGUAUGUAAUUGUACCAAACAAAGACUCCUCGAUGGCGUGGAAAAUAUUGUAUCUGUGUUUACAUCAAUUUGAUUUAUCCGAAUAAUGUUUAUUGUUUAGUAAAAGGCUAAAAGCGAUUUA